CUAGGCUCGCCGCCCGCGGGCCCUGCACCCCGGCCGGGGGGCUGCCCUGGGAAGUUGGGGCCAGGCGCGCCGGGUAUGCGCCAUCACCAUGUCCCGCCUGGGCUGGUGGCUCGGUGAGGUCCAGUGGCUGCUCUUGGUGUCGCUCUUCGUCGUGGCCCUGGGCACGGUGGGCCUGUACCUGGCGCAGUGGGCGCUGGCCAGGGCGCGACCCCGGCCCCCGCGGCGGGCUGCCGAGCCUGGCGAGGGCCGGCGCCCCGAGUCGGACGCGCUGCUCGCCUGGAUCCUGACGCUGAACAGCUGGAGGAACCAGUGGCAGGCCGCCUGGGUGACCGCCCUGAAUGAUGAGGCCGAACGGAAAGGGUGUCACUCUUGGUCCUCGGGAAUUGUUAAGAAACAGCCCCGGGAGAACUCCAUCACUUGCUCGAUGGCACUGUGCUUGCCAGGAGAGCUUUGGGGGUGCAUUUUGGCUCAGGGCCCGCUGCUCCUGUCCUUCGAGGAGGACCCGCUGUGGCAGCCCCUGGGGCUGGAGGUGCACCGGGUCUCCAGCGUGGCCAGGUCAGCCCAGGAGAAGGUGGUGUCCUGUCACGUGGUGGGCGAGGCCAUGCAGUUCCUGGUCAGUGCGGGGCCCGCAUCCCCAGGAGACACAGGGCGCCAGCGGUACGGUGUCAGGCUGUCCCCGGUUCAUUUACAGCUGGAGCUCCACAUGAAGGACAAGAGAGACGACAUCCAGAUCAAGUGGUCCUUCGUCAGCACUCCAGAAACGGCCGUUACCGUCCAGCCCAAAGCACCGGUGGAGGAGCGGGCGGCUGAGACGAAAGCAGUGUCUGAAACCCUCAAGGAUAUCUUGAAGCACCUGGUUGGUUCUGCCUCGCCGUCGGUGGUUCUGAGGACCAAGCCUGUGGAUGUGAGGGAAGUUCAGAACCUGCAGCACACUGCACCCAGCCCUCAGGAAUCCUGCCCUCCCAAACCUCCAAGGGCCCACGAACUCAAGCUGUCGGUGAAUAACAUCCGGGCCUCGCUGCUGCACGAUCCUAGUGCUUCAGGCUACGUGAACCCACAGUGUGUAGUUCGGCUGAAUGAUCCCGUUCAGAAGUUCAGCGCCCUCGCGAAAAACGCUACGGACCUCACCUGGGAAGAAGAAUUCACCUUCGAGUUGAAUGCCAAGUCGAAGGAGCUGUACUUGGAGAUUUCAGAGGAAGAACAAUCAUCAGGAGCUCUGUCGGCGGUGACGACCAUUCCCUUAGAUUUAUUCAAGAAGCAGCCUGCGGGGCCACAGAGCUUUACGCUGACCAGCGGCCCCUCCUUCGGCAGCUCGGUGCUGGGUUCGGUCACCGCAGAGUUCUCUUACGUAGAGCCCGGCGAAGCGAAAUCCUGGCAGACCGCUCCGCCCGCUCCUGCCGCGAAGGUGGAAAAAGACCGCAUGGUGAUGCCCUGUGGGACCGUGGUCACUACUGUCACUGCCGUGAAAACCAAGCCGCGUGUCGACACGGGGAGGGCGUCCCCGCUGAGCUCGGAGUCUCCCCUGAAGACACCUGUCAAGGUGAAGGUCAUUGAGAAGGACAUCUCUGUCCAAGCCGUCUCCUGUCACGGCGCCCCUGUCAGUAAGACGUUCUCUUCUUCGGACACAGAGCUCCUGGUUCUGAAUGGCUCGGACCCCGUGGCAGAAGUCGCCAUCCGCCAGCUCAGCGAGUCUUCGAAGCUGAGGGUCAAGUCUCCGCGGAAGAAAAGCACCAUCAUCAUAUCAGGGAUCUCCAAGACCUCGCUAUCUCAGGACAAUGCCGCUGCCCUCAUGCUGGACUACGCGGCCUCCGUGGACGGCACCCCCCAGGAGGACCCCCCGUCCCUUCCGGGGGCGGCCGCUGUCUCUGCCCCGCAGGAGGAAGAGGCCCCGGCCCCGCCGGCCCCGGAGCCCCCGGAGCGCGAGCUAGGCUCCUGGGACUUGGACCAGGAGUCACAGGCCCCGGCGUGGGACAGCCAGGCCCCGCUGGACCCCGAUGGGGACGAGCUGUCGGAGAGCUCCCUGAGUGUCUCAGAGCCGGAUGCUGCCAAGAAGCAUAAAGGAGGGAUUUUAAGGAAGGGCGCAAAGCUGUUCUUCCGCCGGCGACAUCAACAGAAGGACCCUGGCAUGAGCCAGUCGCACAACGACCUCGUGUUCCUGCAGCAGCCGGAGGGGGCCCGGAGGAAGGGGGCGACGCUCACCAGGAUCCUCAACAAGAAGCUCCUCUCCAGGCACAGGAGCAAGAGCGCCAUGAACGGGGCCCCGGCGGACCCCGCGGCCGGCGGCCUCCCCCACCAGGACGCGGGAAGACGCGUGCCCCCCUAAGCACCGCCGGGACGCAGCAAGGGAGCUGCAAGCUGUCAGCCGGCCGCCCCGCCCGGCCGGGUCGUACUGCCAUCCUGUAAAGGGGGACGAAGAUCUGCUCUCCAGCCAGGAGGCUUUCCCCAGAGAAAACCCCCCAAGUCAGAUGCCACAGGGCUGCGCUCAGGUCAAAGAGCUGAAGUCAAACGUUAGGAGACUUGCAUAAUGGACUGGAGAACCUCCAAUAAUGGACGGUGACGGGGCCGGUGAGGGGGACUCCACCUCACCCACUCUGUGCUCCGACGCGUGUUAUCUUGGGUCCGUGCCGGGACCGCGUCGCAAAGAGGAGGUGCCCCUCUGUGCUGUCACUGUGACUGGAACGGAUGGGUCACCUGUCCUGACUGGCUGCUCAGAGUAACACAGUGCGGCUGGCCCCGGGUGCGGAGAGGUGGGACGGAGGCGGGAUUGGGGGUCAGUAGAGACAUCGUGGUGGUGAUGGAGACACUGUGACAAAGGUAGGAGCAUAGUUGCCUUUGAUAUUAGCCAUAUAACUUGAAAAGUUUGCAAACACUAGAUCUCUCCUGUGCACCCCUGUGUUUCCUUCGCAAAUGUGAGUUCCCACGUGGUCUUUCCAGUCUCCUCUGUGGUUUCAGAAGCGCUCAGGAUUCCCAUGGGGCCGUCAACUCCUGGCUUUUUUUCCCACUGCCCUGCUGGGGUACUUGCCACACGGGAGUGCAGGGAGGGGCCUCUGGAAUGAAGUCGGGGCAGUAAGUGACCGCUAACGGAACACGGUGACCACCCACACCGGGUUUUUUUUUUUUUCUUUAGUCCAAGGUUUGUUUGCCAAAUGUUGCCAAUAGCUGAAACAAAGUACUUCUGGGACAAAAGAGAAAAAUCAUUCUAGGUCUCAGGUGCGAGGCUUAGGGAUGGAAGUUAAGUUGAAUAGUAACAAAUGGGCCAAACUUGCCUCGCAUGCUUCCGGGAGCUCUCCAGAAUUCUGUGAACAGUGCUUGACGCGUGUUGGAGGGGAUGCACGCCUGCUUUGAUUUCCAGUGGGAAGAAAAGAUCAGCGUGGCCCACGGUGUCCGUAUCCCCGUGUGCCUUUCAGACCACGUUCCUCGCCCGUGUGUCUCUCCACAGGCCUGCACGCUGGCCUGUGCCUCCUGAAUGCACGCUUCGCGGGGACGAGCUUGUUAGGGCCGUGGUCAUCUGUGUGGAAGGCUUUGAUGGUUCAGUAAGAUUCACUUUGUUCCAAUAAGAUUUAAAAGGCCAUUUAUGAAGCCUUGACUUCUGUCACAGAUAGGAAAUUGGGGGGACUCCUUCCUACAAACAUUUUUGUUUCUCCUGACACUGGUGUUUCAGGGGUAAGAGAGCUACUGACACACAGAAACCUCUUCGAAAACCAAAAUUAUAGAACUUCCCCCUCCCCCCCUUU